CAAUAAGAAACCAACAGACCUUAAUCACUUUCUCCUUGUGUUUACAUGAGUUUUGGCUUGUCCGAAUGCUUCAGAUUUGCUGCUCACGCAUGGGAUUUCAUCAGAGUCCCGCUUUGUGGUGUCCAGAUGUUGCUGGUGCUCGUGUUUGAGACCGUAGUGAACAUACUGUAGUCUAACAGGAUAUGUAUAUAGUAUACUCUGCAGGAUAUGAGCACUGAACCCUGUUGACAUGAGGCUGGUUCAGAGAGUCAGUAGCUGUGUCCGUCUGCAGAGCUUCGUGAUGGAGGAGGGACGUCGUAAAAGCCUCUCGCGAGUGCUGCUUUACUCUGGGAUCAACUCCUUCACACACAAUCCCAUUCAAGCUCUCCUUCAGGCCCUCAUUAAGGUUUCUUUGCUCUCUUUAUCAGAGCUCUGGUCUUGUGUCUCCUUCUCUCCGUCUGUGUGAGCAGGAAGCCUCUGAUUCUCCAGCAUGUACAACAGAUGUUCCCUCUUACCCAUGGCGGUGCCUUGUUUUUCCAGCGUGCGCUUUAGUUAAUGGUUUGUCGACGAGUUUGUCUUUUGCGGUCAGUUUUCUUGGACGUGCUUCUAGUCACCAUGGGGUGUGUGUUUUCCUUACCGGAGGACCGGCUGGCCGCAAUAGACAGGGCUCCAACAACAAGGGACACCAGUUUUAUUGACAAAAUGAAGAAAACGGGCAGGAACAUUGUGGUGUUUUACGGCUCACAGACGGGCACAGCUGAAGAGUUUUCUAAUAGACUUGCAAAAGACGCUCAUCGCUACGGCAUGAAGGGGAUGACAGCGGACCCGGAAGAAUAUGAAAUGGGUGAGCUCUCUCGUCUGGCUGAGAUAGAAAACUCUUUAGCGAUCUUCUGCAUGGCCACGUAUGGAGAGGGCGACCCCACUGAUAAUGCUCAAGACUUCUAUGAUUGGCUACAGGAGGGAGAUGCGGACCUCAGUGGAGUUAAAUACACAGUUUUUGCAUUGGGCAACAAGACAUAUGAACACUAUAACGCCACGGGAAAGUAUGUGGACAAGAGGCUAGCAGAGCUGGGAGCGCAGAGGAUCUUUGACCUGGGAAUGGGAGAUGACGAUGGAAAUCUCGAGGAGGAUUUUGUGUCGUGGAGAGAGCAGUUCUGGCCAGCUGUUUGUGAACACUUCGGAGUUGAAGCAACUGGUGAAGAAUCCAGCAUCCGCCAGUACGAGCUGAAGGUACACAGCGAUCUGAACAUGAAUAAGGUCUACACUGGAGAGCUGGGACGCCUCAAGAGCUUUGAGAACCAGAAGCCGCCGUUUGAUUCGAAGAACCCUUUCCUGGCACCAGUCACUGUGAACCGCAAGCUGAACAAGGGCGGCGAGAGGCAUCUGAUGCACCUGGAGCUGGACAUCACUGGCUCUAAAAUCAGAUAUGAAUCAGGAGACCAUGUUGCUGUGUAUCCCAUCAACGACACAGCCAUAGUGAACAGGAUUGGUGAGAUCCUUGGUGUGGACCUUGACAUUGUUAUCUCCCUCAACAACCUUGAUGAGGAGUCCAAUAAGAAGCACCCCUUCCCCUGCCCCACCACGUACCGCACCGCCCUGACCCACUACCUGGACAUCACGAAUACUCCACGCACAAACGUGCUUUAUGAAAUGGCACAAUAUGCCACUGACCCCAAAGAUCAGGAGAACAUGCGGAAAAUGGCCUCCUCCUCACCCGAGGGCAAAGCAUUGUACCAGAGCUGGGUGCUGGACUCAAGUAGGAAUAUUUUGGCUAUUCUAGAGGAUUUGCCGUCGUUGCGUCCUCCCAUUGACCACCUCUGUGAGCUCCUGCCGCGACUGCAGGCCCGCUACUACUCCAUUGCAUCCUCCUCCAAGGUCCACCCCAACAGCGUCCACAUCUGUGCUGUAGUGGUGGAGUAUGAGACCAAGACUGGCCGUGUGAAUAAAGGAGUGGCCACGAACUGGCUGAAGAACAAGAUGCCCACCGACAACGGACACAAGGCUACAGUGCCCAUGUACAUCCGCAAAUCCCAGUUCCGCCUGCCCUUCAAGGCCACAAACCCAGUCAUAAUGAUCGGACCUGGGACUGGAAUCGCACCCUUCAUUGGCUUCGUUCAGGAGCGCGGCUGGCUCAAAGAACAAGGUAAGGAAGUUGGAGAGACCGAGUUGUACUUUGGCUGUCGUCGCAAGAACGAGGACUUUCUGUACCAAGAGGAGCUCGAGGGGUUUGAGAAGACUGGUGUUCUGACGGCACUCAAUGUAGCUUUUUCCAGAGACCAGGCGCAGAAGGUGUAUGUACAACAUCUCCUGAAGAACAACAAGGAGGGUCUUUGGAAACGAAUCCACACAGACAAUGCCCACAUCUACAUCUGUGGAGACGCCCGAAACAUGGCCCGGGACGUGCAGAACGCCUUCUACGAGAUCGCAGAGGAGCUGGGAGGAAUGAGCCGCGCUCAGGCUGUAGAUUACAUCAAGAAACUGAUGACUAAAGGACGAUAUUCACAGGACGUCUGGAGUUAAAGCACCCGCAACAUUCCUGCUGGUUUUUAUAAGGAAGAGUUUAUAUGUGUUUUGCCGUCAUCAUUCUGACGUUUGUCUAAGAAAAGAAAACACUUGACACACAUUCCCUCAUUUUAUAGUGAAAACUUACUAAUCGAACACAUUUUAUGCAUGGACCUUUGUAAUGGGAUGGGUUGUAAGCAUGAAGAAACUUUAACUCACUGAAAAACAGUUCUUCCUGUAGAGAUUUUAACUGAUAUUUGAUGAUUUCCUGUUAAUUUCCGAAAUAUUUUGGAAACCUUCAGAGGAUCACACUUAUUUUAUUUUUUGUAGUUCUCUUAAGCAUUUUAAUGUCUUUAUCUCUUAUCCCAUUAUUUUUAUUAUUAUUUUUUUAAUUAUGGGUGAAUAUGAGUGUAACCAUUUCAAUCUGGAUGAGCCUAACAGAUUUAAUUAACCCUGGAAGUGCCAGAAAUACUCAACCCUAUUCUGUUAUCACAACGACUACACUAGACGCACUAGUCUCUGAGAAUGUGGAGAAACAGACGCGGGUCUGAAGAACUGAUUGGUCAAGCUCCUGUGCCUUAUUUCCUGUGUUGUUUGCCUUUUCCUUAGUGCAUCUUGAAGACCAGCAUUGCUGCUGAAAACGUGACUAUUUUGGGAGAUGAUAGAAGAAGUAGAUGUAGUUGUUUGGGCAGGACCUCAUCAAGUUUUAUAUGCAAACUAUUGUUUCCAUUACAUUACAACUCUUUAGGCAUAUCCAUGUAAUGAUUAAAUUUUCAUUUUAACAUCACCUUUGUCCUUAACCCAUGUUUGUUCACUUCCACCUGUCUGAUUUGAUCCUCUACGUGUAAGGACAGUUUUGUUUUUAAUCUUAGAGGUAGUUUGCCUAUUAUUAGACACACCUGCUUUUUAAUUAAUAUUUCCCACAUUUUACGAUAUUAUUAAGUCAUCAACAUUAACGUGUGGAAGUGGGAGAGAUGUUCGUCUUAGCAAAAUGUAUUUGAUUGUUGUUACCAUUGUUGGAUUUCGCAUGCUGAAAGUUGUGUGACGCAAUUAAAGUCACUUGAAUGAUAUUGUCA